GGCCUGGCAGGAACGCUAUCCUCGAUCCCAUCGUUUGGCUUCGCGCAGGUUGCGUAUCAAGAGAAUACAUUGUUGGGCAUCACCCAUGUCAACGGUGGUGUGUUUGGGAGACGCUGAAGAGGGGCAGCCCGUAAACAUUUCGUCUACCAGCAACACGCCAACGCCCACCCCUGGCGGCCAUUGUGUCCCGGGACAAGAUUUGGCUAGCCGUUGGAGAAUGGUUGCACAUCAUAGCCCGACUUGGCUGAAAAGUGCCAUAGAAGCCAAGAGCGAGAGUCUUUGCUUACGCAGCAGCUCUCCAGCCCGAAAGUCUCAGGGUUCGUAUGUCCCACAUCAUGUCCCGGACUCGGGCGAGACUGUUUUGUCUUCCCUUUCUAUCCACCGAGCAGGGAGGCCGAGUUGUCUUAUUAAGGCUGGAUCUAGGCGACGAAGAUGGGCCCGUCCCGCAAAUAGACGAGUUUGUUCGGAGACAUGCCAGGUACCCAGGAAAUAUGCCAGGACAAUUCCAAGUAGGACCAUUGGACCAAAUCUGGAAGGGCCUGAUAAACUGGAACACGCGGAAUACCCAGGGUCCGAAUACUGGAAUCUGGAACUGGGAGACCCUGGCCAAUUGGACGUUACUCCCCAGAGUCCAUCUGAGGAUCUGUUCUUAAAGACGGAAUCUAGCACCCCAUCCGGGGAGGAACCACCUCCAGUGGACCAAGAGGCUGCAAAAUCUGUGUUGAGUGAUAUACAACAGAAGUUAUCUUGUUUGGCAAUUGCUGACCAGGCCGAGCCGGGUUGUGAUGUGGAAGCCAGCACAUUGGUCGAGCAGAUAUACAGCUCUGGUGAAACCCUCCCAGUCCCGGAUGUUGAACUUUCCGAUGACAGUGAAGUGGAUGAUGACACUUAUUGGGAGUGGGACAAAGACAAGCAAAAAUUCCGACAUUGGGACGACGAAGAUGAAGAAUGGGUGUACUUCCCUGACGCCUUUGACUGAGAAGAUGCAUAGAAGAUGGAUCGUCUGAUUUGUAAACUUUUGAAUCUUGCAUACUCGGUUACUGGAACAGAUCGAUAUUUACCGGAGGCCGCAUGAUUGGAGCGUUGCUUGCUUACUUGGACACCGUGGUAGCCCGUGGGAAUAAAUAGCAUACUCAACAAAAUUU